GACUCAUGCCAGGGGAUUGAAAGGAUGUCUCUCGCCUUCUCCUUCAACGUCAUGGCCAUGAGGAGCACAUGGAUGGAUGGAUGGAUGGAUUGGGGCAAUGAGUUUGGGGCAGACAUGAGCAAGAGCAAGCAAGCGCGCCGUCUCAUCGACAGGGUGAAGGCCGGCCCCCCCGCCUGAUGGCCGGCGGGACGCCCACGGGGCUUCGGCUCGCCCUGACCGUCCGGCUGCUUCUCCUGCUGCCGCACGGCGGGUCGGCGGCCCAGAAGCCCGCCCGGCCUCCCCUGGUGGGCCGGCGGCCCUUUGUGGCGGCCUGGAACGCGCCGCUGGACAUGUGCGCCAUCAAGUACAACGUCAGCAUGGAGCUGGACGGCCUGUUCCACAUCCGCGGCAGCCCCCGCGCCGACUGGACGGGCCAGAACGUGACCAUCUUCUACGCCAACCGGCUGGGCUACUACCCGCGCUACACGGCGCAGGGCGAGGCGCUGCACGGCGGCGUCCCGCAGAACGGCAGCCUGGACGUGCACCUGCUCAAGGCCUACCGGGACAUCCAGCACUUCAUCCCCGCCCGAGACUUCCGCGGCCUGGCCGUCAUCGACUGGGAGUUCUGGCGCCCCCAGUGGAGCCGCAACUGGCACAAGAAGGACGUGUACCGGCGGCAGUCGCGGGAGCUGACCGCCAAGGCCUACCUCAACGUGACGGCGGCGCAGGUGGAGGAGCUGGCGCAGCGGCGCUUCGAGAAGAGCGCCCAGGAAUUCAUGCAGCGCACGCUGCAGCUGGGCACGCGCAUGCGCCCCGACGGCCUGUGGGGCUUCUACCUCUACCCGGACUGCCACAACUACAACCUGCACGAGGACGGCUACACGGGCCUGUGCCCGGCGCCCGAGCGCCUGCGCAACGACGAGCUGCGCUGGCUGUGGAACAGCAGCACGGCGCUCUUCCCGUCCGUGGCCAUCCGCAAGGCGCACGGCGGCAGCGCCGGCAGCCUGCGCUUUGCCCGCCACCGCGUGCGCGAGGCGCUGCGCGUGGCCUCGCUCACCUCCCGCGACCACGAGCUGCCCGUCUACGUCUACCUGCGGCUGGGAUACCGUGACGAGCCGCUCACCUUUCUCACCACGAAGGAUCUGGUCCACACCAUCGGCGAGAGCGCAGCGCUGGGGGCCGCCGGCUUUGUCAUUUGGGGCGACCUCAACCUGACCACGUCGCGGCACAACUGCAGUAAGGUGCGCUGGUUCCUGAACCACCGGCUGGGCCAGUACAUCACCAACGUGACGCGGGCGGCCGAGUCCUGCAGCCACUUCCUGUGCCAGAACAACGGGCGCUGCGUCCGCCGCAACCCCGGCGCACGCCACUACCUCCACCUGGACGCCGACAGCUACAGCAUCCGCCCCGGCUCGGACGGCAGCUUCGUCGUCGGCGGGCGCCACUCGCCGCGGGCCCUCCAAACGCUGGCCGAGCACUUCCGCUGCCAUUGCUACGAGGGCCACCUCGGGGAGCGCUGCCGUAGCGCCAACGAGGUGCCGGAGGAUGACGCCGGCCGCGACCUCGGCGACGACGAGCGGCGGAGGAGCGAGUGGGAGGACGAGCAGGCGGACCAGGGCCGCAGCGGGGCGUCGCCCGCCGCGGGCCUGGCCGCCGGUCUCCUCACGCUUUUGAUGCUCCUGCUGAACUUCCGAGGAACGCUCGAGACAUUGGAAUGUCUGUUAGCGUGCUGGCUGCUAGCGUGCUACAGCUAGCGCAGCUCCUAAGAAUGUAAUGACUUGAAGGCAAAAAGCAAAGGUCAAGGCCAUGCAGUAAUACUUGAAAUGGUUGUCCAAUUUGUAGCCUCCUCCACCUUCAUCAAAAAGAAGGGCCUUUUGUUUUUUUGAUAAUAAGCGCAGGUUGAAAGAAGGUCCAACUUUAGACACCGACGCUAAUUUCAUUCGUGGUUUUCCUCCCUCAACUGAAUUGCUGAAAGUUCAAGUCAUGACUCUGUGUUUUUGUUUGCGGUUCUUCACUUCCUCCCUCCUCUUCAGAAGUUGGACAAGCGUGUACGUGUGUGAGAACUUGUCCAGAUACCUCAGCCAAGGCCUACGAACAAUGGAAAUCAAAGAAUCCACGCUGUGUUUGGUCCCCGUCCGGAAUGUGCCAAGUGUUUUGCUGCAUGUAGCACUUGUUUGUUGUUGUUGUUGUUUUCAUCUCACUCGACUGCAACAAUGACUCUUUUUUUUUUUUUUUUUUUUUAAUCUUUUUCUUUUUGGAUUGUAAAGUGAAACGUGCAGCACACGAAUGUAAAGGCAGUGCCAAUAAAGCACGUUUCCAAUUGCA